AUGGGUGGUGGUGUGGCAGUUCUCAAUCCUCAAGAUUGUCUGAAAGACGCUUUUUGGCCAAAAACACUAAGAUCUCCGAGUCCCAAGAAGAAACCUCGGAGUCCUAAUGCUACUCGGGCUAACCGUACACAGCCCAACCGCAGUAAAAAGAGCUCCUCCCGCUUGAAUACCACCGCGUCGUCUCCGGCGCAGAAAGCAUCGCCGUUGAAGAACCUCGUGGUAGGCCAGGUGAAGAUCCUGAAACGCGGCGAGGAGCUGACCGGAACAUCGUCGGAUAAAGAGAACCACCGUGAGGAGCCGGAGGCGGAUCUGGAUCUGGGCUUGGCGGAGCGGCUGGGUCCGGAACCGGUGUCGGUCCCUGUCCUGUUCUACGCCGGCGCGUCAGCAUUUGUUGCAUCGCCGCCUCCGAGUUCGCUUCCUUUGCCGGCUUUCUUCACGAAGAAGUGUGUUUCUGCGAAAACCGAUGAUGUCGCGAGCGAUUUGCGUAGGAUUCUACGGAUCGAACCGCUCGAUUUGUCGUGA